AUGGCUAUUGCCAGUAGAAAUACAGCCCUCAUUCGAGAGGACAUAGAUCUGGAAAAAGGUCUUCAGCUUUAUUUCAAGGAUGGACUUGGUGCUACAGCUCGACCAGAGCCGGCGCUCCGGAAACAGGAGGAAGUAUACAGCAACGAGUCGUUCAUUAGUAGCACCUCGACUUUGACUGCAGAGAAGAUUAGCGGUUCUGGAACACAACAAUUGCCCAACAAGAAACAUGGUCGUACUCACCGCAACAUGCGGUUUACUUUCUUCUCCGUGUACCGCAGAUUACAUCUGCUUGUGGUGCUGGCAAAUAUAGCCGUAAUCGCAGGAUUAUGGGGAUCAGGAAAGCUUUUCAGCCUCGAAACAGAACUGAUCGGUACUGCAGCCGCAGCCAACCUUCUUGCCGCAAUUUUGAUAAGACAAGAACUGAUUAUCAAUCUGCUAUUUGCCACAUUCGUUACCUUUUCACAUCCAUGGUUGAGGUCAAAGUUCCACAACAUCUGGGAAGCAAUACAUCGGUUUGCCGGAUGGACAGCCGUUGCUCUGUUCUGGGCUCAUGUGGUACUGAGUACUCAUGCACAGGAGAAAGCAAGUGGUCAAACAAUGGCAGAGCUUCUCGGCAGAAAUCCUCUCUUCUGGAUUCUUCUCGUUGUUACCGUUUCCCUCAUUCUGCCUUGGCUGCGGUUGCGAAGAGUGCCGGUACGAGCAGAACACCUUUCGACGCAUGCAGUCCGACUGCAUUUUGGCUAUACGAACCUUCCGCUGUGUGCCGCACCUCGGUUCUCUGACAGUCCGCUCAAGGAGUGGCAUGCUUUCGCGGGUAUUCCUGAGUCAGAUGGUGUUGGCUUCUCGGUUCUGGUCUCUGAUGCAGGAGACUGGACGAAGAAGAUCGUCCAGAGUCCUCCGAAACAGCUCUGGACCAGAGGCAUACCUGCCAGAGGCGUUCUGCAUGUUGCACCAAUUUUCAAGAAGCUGGUGCUAGUGGCAACUGGUUCAGGAAUUGGUCCUAUAUUGUCGUUGCUUUAUGCGCGCAACCUCAACGUGAGGAUUAUCUGGUCGACCAAGGACCCCAUCCAGACGUAUUCAUCUGCGAUAGUUGAGCAGGUGAUACAGGCCGACCCCGAGGCAGUCAUCAUCAAUACUACCAAGCGAACCACCAGAGGCUCUCGACCCAAUCUCGUCCAGGAAGCAUAUGACCUUUACCGGAAAUCACAGGCAGAAGCGGUCUUUGUCAUCUCAAAUCCCCAGGUCACACGUAAGGUCGUAUAUGGGCUCGAAUCCAGGGGUGUUCCUAUUUUCGCACCUAUCUUCGAUUCUUAA